AUGUAUAAAAUGGAAUAUUCUUACCUCAAUUCCUCUGCCUACGAGUCCUGUAUGGCCGGGAUGGACACCUCGAGCCUGGCUUCAGCCUAUGCAGACUUCAGUUCCUGCAGCCAGGCCAGUGGCUUCCAGUAUAACCCGAUAAGGACCACUUUUGGGGCCACGUCCGGCUGCCCGUCCCUCACGCCGGGAUCCUGCAGCCUCGGCACCCUCAGGGACCACCAGAGCAGUCCGUACGCCGCAGUUCCGUACAAACUCUUCACCGACCACGGCGGCCUCAAUGAGAAACGCAAGCAGCGGCGCAUCCGCACCACGUUUACAAGCGCGCAGCUGAAAGAGCUGGAGAGGGUCUUCGCUGAGACGCACUACCCUGACAUCUACACCCGGGAGGAGCUGGCGCUGAAGAUUGACCUCACCGAGGCGAGAGUUCAGGUGUGGUUCCAGAACCGUCGGGCCAAGUUUCGCAAGCAGGAGCGCGCAGCAGCCGCAGCUGCCGCUGCAGCCAAAAACGGCUCCUCGGGCAAGAAGUCUGACUCCUCCCGGGACGAUGAGAGCAAAGACGCUAAGAGCACCGAUCCUGACAGCACUGGGGGCCCGGGACCGAACCCCAACCCGACCCCCAGCUGCGGGGCAAACGGCGGCGGCGGCGGAGGGCCCAGUCCGGCCGGAGCUCCCGGGGCGGCGGGCCCGGGGGGCCCGGGAGGCGAACCCGGCAAGGGUGGUGCGGCUGCGGCGGCUGCUGCGGCGGCUGCGGCGGCAGCGGCGGCUGCUGCGGCGGCGGCAGGAGGCCUGGCUGCGGCCGGGGGCCCCGGACAAGGCUGGGCUCCAGGCCCGGGCCCCAUCACCUCCAUCCCGGAUUCACUUGGGGGCCCCUUCGCCAGCGUCUUGUCUUCGCUCCAAAGACCCAACGGUGCCAAGGCCGCCUUAGUGAAAAGCAGUAUGUUCUGA